AGUUGUAAAAAGCAUCAUCUGAGAAGGGUGCACAGAAUUGUGUGUGCAGUUGUGGGUUUGACAGCAGCAGAGAGGGGUCACAAAACCACAGCAGCGUGUGUUCUCGUCCCUGCUGGUCGGGGUACGAGUAGGGAGCUGGUCUCCCCAGUCAGAACCGUUUAGUCUCUUCUCACCAUUUCUAAUAAGGCCAAUAAGAUGAUGAGCAAAAUGCAGAUGACUGAGGGAUGUGGGGUUUCCGUGCGGCAUGAUCAGGUGGUGGAGGUGCAGGGAUAUGUGAAGGAGUUCACACGCCACUCCAACGAUGUCCUGCUCAAUUUAAACGAGCUACGCCAUCGAGACAUUCUGACUGAUGCCACGCUGCUGGUGGGCAGUGCCCGGUUGCGUGCCCACUGUGCAGUGCUGAUAGCGUGCAGUGGUUUCUUCUACUCUCUGUUCUCCCGCCACACGGCCAGUGCUGUUAAUGAGCGAGGGGUUUCCCUGUCACUGCCAGAGGGGCUGGAUGCGGGCAGUGUGUCACUGCUGCUGGACUUCAUGUACACCUCCCGCCUUCCUCUGACCCCCAGCACGGUGCCUGGAGUGCUCACUGCUGCCACCUACCUGCAGAUGGACCACGUUGCCGACACCUGCAGAGCAUUCCUACAGAACAGUGAAGGGAUGUGUGUGAGCCCACCUCUGGUGGAGUCGACCUCUAGAGGCCCCCAGGUGAAUUCCACAGCACCUCCAGGUGGUAGACCCCCUCCAACACAUCCCUCUUUCACCUCUUCCCCUUCCAGACCUGCUGCAGAGGCAGAGGAGCCCAGCCCUGCCAGAGCUAGAGUUCCCGGAGAGAACUUGACCUCACUGAAGCCUGUUCCCAGACCUCAGAGCCUGAAAGUGGAGAAGUCUGAACCUUUGUCUUUUUCCCCCAACACUCCAUCUCCACACAGCCCUGCUCAGUCCAACGGCCAGCCCAACUCACCUGCCGAGUCCAGCGGCUGUAGUCUCUCCCCUAAACUGAAGCCACGUUCUGAAUCCAAACCUACUCCUAAGGCCUGUAACUGGAAGAAAUACAAAUACAUCGUCCUCAACCCUCUCUGUGCUACAUCUAUUAAAGAGGAGGGGACAGGCGAAGAGCAACAAACAUUUAACCACUCCCCCACUGACAGUGAUAGGACAGACACCACACCCAAACCAUCUGAGGAGACAUGGCCUAAGACUGGACAUGGGCUGAAUGAUGUGCAAGGCCUGUCUCCAGUGUAUGACUCAGCACAGCAACAAAUGCCCUUCACUCCUCACCAUGGGCUCUCACCACACCCAGCGGACACUUAUAGGGGACCACUGGUCACUUUUAGCCGAGAAAACCAAGGUUUCUGCUCUGUGUAUCAGCACCCCUGCCCCCCUGUGCUGGAGGCUGCCAAACAGAGCGCUCAUUUAUUUGGGAAGCUUCAGAUCAAGCUUGAGAGCCACUCCCCUGUGAUCUGUUACUCAGGGAACCAAGGCAGCACAAAGCCUGCCUGCUCAGGAGACAAACCGUAUCGCUGUAAUGUAUGCGGGGCUCAGUUUAACCGGCCAGCUAAUCUGAAGACCCAUUCCCGCAUCCACUCAGGAGAGAAGCCCUAUCGCUGCGACACCUGUGGAGCUCGAUUUGUCCAAGUUGCUCAUCUGCGCGCUCAUGUACUGAUCCACACUGGGGAGAAGCCGUACCCAUGCCACACCUGCGGAACACGUUUCCGUCACCUGCAGACACUAAAGAGCCACCUGCGCAUUCACACAGGGGAGAAACCAUACAGUUGUGAGAAGUGCGAUUUGCGCUUUCGUCAUAAGAGCCAGCUGAGGCUGCACCUGAGGCAGAAGCAUGGGGCUGUCACCAACACCAAGAUCCGCUAUAAGGUUCUGGCAGACCCGUACCAGACUGGGACAGCCGUACUGCAGAGCUGCUGAGGGAUCCAACAUAUACUCAAUCAAUUCACACAAUUCCUUACCCUGCAAGCUCGCUCAGGGUGGCGAACCUUCACCACUUCCACAGCCUGAAAUCUGGUCUCGUUUCAGGCAGAAAUCAAGUCAAGUCAAAAUCCCUGUCAAAAGAGUUUUUUUUAAGUUAGAAGUCAUUGGAUGUCUAUACCUGGGGACUUCUGAAAUGGCUCACCAGAGAUUUAUAUGAAGAGAAGAGCAUGAAAAGUAUUAACUAUGAGGCUUUUAAGAUUGUUUAAUAAAAAGAGGUGGAGUACAGCAUUCUUGGAAAGCACACAUGUACCAAAACACAAAAAAGCCUUCCAGAAAUGCUGCUCUCCUGCGCUAGACGUGCUGACUGUAACUCUUAUUACCUAUCAUGCUUUCUACUUUAUUUAUUUGGCCAGCUGAACGUUCUUUCUCAAAAGUUUUAAUAGCAAAUAUGUGGAGUAAAGACAAAAGCAAAAAAAUAAUAAAAAAGAAGAAAUGACAAGGUACCUACAGCUGUCAAGCGGUUAGUAAUUUCAGAUCAAAAAGGAAAGUGAUGUAGAUGGUAUGUGGAGAGGUGCGUUAGGAGUUCAGAUGGAGAAAGAGGAAAUGCAAGUGAAGAUGCUUAAGAAGUGAAGAGCAGAAAGUGCUGGAAAAGAAGUGUGAUGAAAGAGUCUGUAUGUCGUUUAAAAAGGAACCUGCAAGUCUAUACUGUUAUUGAUGGAGUGCUUAGAUUGUUUAAUUUUGCCAGUAGUAGAAGUGUGUCUAUGCAAACGGCUCUGAUUAUGAGUUAGUCAUUAAAAAUAAUGUGUAACCCUGUUUUUUCCCCAUGUUUGCAUUCAUAUUUGGCACUGACUAGUUAGAUUUCUUUUCCUUCUUUGAGAAAGAAAAGUCUUUUGCUUGCCUGUAUGUCAGUAGGUCAGUGGUUGCCAUGUUCUCAUAUUUAAUGACAGCCUAAAGACGUUAUAUUUUAGUUACUUGUGCACUAACAAAUGUUCCGCUGUACUAACUUAAAAAGGCCUGGAGCCUGUUUAUUUUAAUUAAGUAACCCUACUAAAUACGUUGAAGUAUCCUCAGUUUUGUUUUAAUGAUAUUUUUGAUUGGAAAGUAUAUUUUGUUGAUGGUUUGUGAUAGUCUAGGAGUCCAAGCAGGCCAAGGACUCAAACGAGCCAGACAAAGUAAAUGUAAAGGUUGAUGAAGAGGAUAAUGUUGACGUUGUCAAAUGUAACGUUCUUUUGCUGGACAAAGACAAGACCUAUUUUAUAUAAAUUAAAAUUAAAUUAAUUUCUUUCAAUCUGAAA